UUUUGAUAUGUCAUAUAUCUAUUCGUAUUCUAAAUCUGUUCCAUAUUUUAUUUGUAUUUUGUAUUGAUAUUAUUUGCAGUCAGAUUAAGCCGUUUAGUACGAAUUUAUUAAUUGAUACGCAUAUCAAAAUCAGCGUAAAUUAGGACAAUGGUAACAGGACCUUCUGAACAUGGAAUACAAGCUGAUGUUAUAUUCGUCAUUGAAGGAACGGCUGUUAAUGGCGCAUACCUUAAUGAUCUUAAAACAAAUUACGUAAUUCCAACACUAGAAUAUUUUAGUCAAAGUGGCAUAGAAGAUAGGGAAUAUGUUUCUGAAAGCAGCACCACAUUAUAUGGAAUAGUUGUUUAUCAUGCUGCCGAUUGUUUACCAUCACCUUGUACAGAGACUCUUGGACCUUACUCUAACCCUCACAAAUUACUGAUGGUUUUAGAUAAACUGGAGAUGGUGGGUGGAAAAGGAGAGUCUUAUGCAAACAUCGGUGAAGGCCUUGCGACAGGAUUACAAUGUUUUGAAGAUUUACAACAGAGACGAGAACCAAACACAGCAUCGCAGAAACAUUGUAUCUUAAUAUGUAAUUCACCUCCAUAUCAAACUAUGAUUCAAGAAUCUUUCAAGUUUGCUGGUAAUACUAUUGAACAAAUAGCCGGUAUUUAUCAAGAGAGAAACAUUAACAUCUCUAUAUUAUCACCGAGAAAGAUUCCGGCAUUAUACAAGCUAUUUGAGAAAGCUGGUGGUGAUUUGCAAUCAUCGCAAACAAAGAACUAUGCUAAAGAUCCGCGGCACUUGGUGCUUCUGCGAAAUUACAACUUAAAAGAACGACCUAUCAGUCCGCAAAUAGGUGGUAACGUUCACAACACUGCAGCUACUACGGCGCAAAUUCCAUUGAGUCCGUUGCAGAGCAAUGAUAGCCCUAACACUAAUCAAGUACAGCAGAAUAUUGCUCCACCGAAUCAGCAACAAGGCCCACCUUUCAGAAAUCAAGCGCCUCAAAAUAUCGCCUCCGUACAUCAGACCGUAACGCCGUCUAUGGCAGCACCGAUGAAUGCCGCACGACCACCUUAUAAUCCUCAGAUUAUAGCUGCACCACCAAAUUAUCAUCCAACGGGAGUGAACAUAGCAACGAGACCCAGGUGGAUGCGACCAUUUAUAGCACCGGGUGCGACUGCGCCUGCAAAUACACAAGGUAGCGCAUUAAUAGCGCAACUAACGCAGCCGCCUUCAUCGUUAGGACUUAAUGCAACUGCAUUUGGCCAAAGAUUAGAUGUAGCUGGUAAUAAUGUUAUGGCGACUAAUCCGCAACAACAGCAGCAACAGCAACUUACACAGCAGCAGCAACAGCUGCGAUUGACAAUGUUACAGCAAAAUGCCCAACAACAAGCCUCCAUGUCUAUGGCUGCUCAACCGAACCACAGCCAGUCUGGAUCUCAACUUACUGUAUCAUGUAUUAGCCAGUCUGUACCCACACAAGUGCCACAGACUGUCACAGCAUCGCAACAAGCGCCAGUUUCAGUGUCUUCUAUUACGCAACAGAUCACUCAUUCUCAAACACAAGGAAACGUAUCCACUGGUAACGUGCAACUUCAACAACUUGUACCACGCGACAGGACACAUAUCUGGCAAGGUGUUGUGGAAUGGAUCGAAAAGGCGAAAACAGAUGCUGCAAAACAAACAAGACAUGUACCAUGUCAAAUAUCACUUAAUCCGAAAGAAGGGGAUUCGGGAGAAUUAAAAGCAGAUACAUGGCCGCAAAAAUUGCUGAUGCAAUUGAUGCCGAAAACACUGAUAGGAAAUAUCGGUAAUACUUUUCUAAAGAAUUCUAAAUCCGUUCUCUUUCAUCCAACACCAUGUGAAGCAUUGGAGUCCCUGACAAAAAUGAUGACCAAUGGAUUCGCUGGUUGCGUUCAUUUCACCUCUAAUACAAAUGGUCCCCCUUGCGACAUAAAAGUGCUUAUACUUUUGUACACUACAGAGAAAAAGGCGUAUCUAGGUUUCAUUCCGAAUGACCAAACUGCUUUCGUGGACCGUCUUCGUAAAGUAAUACAACAGCAGAAAACAAGUCACGCUACUAUAAAGCAGGGACAACCUAAUGCUGGACCAGGAAAUACAAUUCCCACACCGAUGCCUACUGCAGGUACACAAGGAGGUAUCUUGAUGUCACAAACGAAUACUAUGGCGAUGGGCGGUGGCCAAAUAACGCAAAACGUCGUAUCUUCUAAUGCUCCUCCACAAACUUUAACUUCAUCCAGUGGUCCACAGGCUCAAAUAAAUAUGCAGAAUAGCGGAAUUAGCGGACCUCAAUCGAACACUGGCGCUGGAGGCAUGAUCGGUCAACAACGGCCACAGUUUGAUGAUAUAGAAAUGGCAAGGCAUCAAAAUUUGCUAAAGAUUCAACAUUUAAGACAAACAUUAGAAGCUGCACAGCAACAAGAGGCGCAGUACAAAUCUCAAUUAGAAGUGAACAUUCAGCAAAAUCUGGAAUUGGCCCAGCAACAAGAAAUGCAAUACAAGCAACAACUCGAGGCUCAACAAGCGCAGAGAGGUCUUAAUCAGGCAGCAAUGUCCAACCAACAAGCAAAUACUCAAAGAUUAAUGCGUCCUGUGUCCACUAACAACCUUGGUCUCAGACACUUAUUACAACAGCCACAACCUCAAUAUAGACAGUUCGGAGUGCAACAGCAGCAAAUGGUGGGUCCGAGAGGACAAAUAGCAACGAGACCAAUCGCGCCUGGCAAUACACAAAAUCAGCAGUUUGACGACGUAACGAAUUAUGACUUUCUUGGUUGAAUGUCGGGGAAGGUUGGAUAUUUCAUUUUCUAUUUAAAUUAAUUUUAACAAUAAAAAAAAAUUAGUGUAGUUUUAAUUUCAUACAUUUAUAAAAUAUUUAUACUGUAACGAGCAAUGAAAGUGUUAAUCACUGGAGUAUCUUUAAAGGUGAUAACGAUUAACUUUCAUUGUUUGUCACUGUACAUAGAGAUAGUGAAAAGUAUAAAUAUUAAUAAAUCUAUUAGAAUUACAGACCUUUUAAUGAAAAGCUAUAUCAUAUAGUUUUAACUUGUUUAAUAAACACAAUCUUUAUUCAAUCAUAUAAUACAAUCUUUUAAACAUCACAAUCUUUAUUCAAUAAUUUUUGUUUUAUAUAUUAAUCUAAAUUAAGGAUAAUGAAUAUAGAUAUAUUCAUAGAUAUAUAUUUUGUGGAAGACAAAAGAUCGUCUAAUAUAAUUUCCUCAAAAUAAAAUUUGUAAUUCUUAUAACAACUUUUUUGCUUAUUAUAACUACACAAAAUAAAAAUG